AUGUCAACCAAAAAACGGACCAAAUCCCGUCCUCAAGCCUCACAUCACCUCUCCACUUCCCUCACUCUCUCAUCGCCAUCUCCCCUCCUCCCACCACCCUCCCCAGCCAACGGCGGUCAGCACAAAUCAAAACAACCUAGAUACUCCGAGUUCCGUACAGCGGUAACGAGUGGAACUUCUGCGCCCGAAGUUGCAGACUUCGAUUUCCCUUCUCUAGCGGCGGAAGAAGCUGAGCCAACUCUAGGCUCCCUCCUGCCCCCUUCCUCCAACCCCACGCUCCCCUCCCAAUCCCAAUCCCAGCCUCUCCCAAUCCCGAUCCCCUCCACAUCCCUAGCCCGCAUCCUUGCCCAAUCCCUCCAUUCCUCCGACACCCUCCUACUCGAGUCCUGCCUGCAACACCGCAAGCCCGCUAUAGUGCUGCAGAGCGUCCAACGCCUGCCUCCAGCAUUGGCCGUGCCUUUGCUGGACGCUUGUGUGGAGCGCUUAGGCCGCUCUAGGGGGAAAGGAGCUGGAGGUGGGGCAGCGGGGAGCGAGAGAGCCGCUGCGCUCGUAGAGUGGAUCAGGGCAGUCCUUGUCUGUCAUUCUGCGUACUUGCUUACCAUACCGGAAUUGGUCACCCGCUUGUCGGGACUGUAUUCCACCCUCUGCGCACGUCUCUCUCUCCAGCCCAGGCUGCUAACCCUCUCCGGCAGGCUGGGAGUCGUACUCUCCCAGCUAGAGAGGAGGGAGGUUGAGCCUCCGCUCGUUCUGACCCCGGGGAAGAAGAGGGGGAAGAGGUAUGUGGAGGGGGAGAGCGAGCUGGAGGAUGUGGGAGAGAGGGAGGUGCUGGAGAGAGAGGAAGAGGGGAGCGUGGAGGAUGUGGAGCUUGGAGGGAGUGAGGGGGAUGUAGAUAUGGAUGAUGAUGAUGAGGAGGAGGAGGAGGAGGAGGAGGAUGUCCUAGAGGACGAGGAGGAUGACGAAGAUGUUGACGAAGAAGAUGACGACGACGAUGAGGAGGUAGACGAGACGAAGAAGAACGGGUUCUUGCAUGAUGAGGACGAGGACGAGGAUGAGCAGGAGGAUGAGGAUGAGAGCGAGUAG